AUGCAAGACGAGAGUUUUUACAGUGAGCUCAGUAAACAUAGCAUGAAAUGGAGAUUCAAUCUGUCCCGCGCACCCUGGUGGGGAGGCCAGUUUGAGCGAUUGAUCUUUGUAUUCAAAUCAUCAUUUUACAAAGUCGUUGGUAAAGGACUUCUGAAAUUCGAUGAACUUACAGAAGUUGUUCUGGACGUAGAAAUUUGUAUGAAUAAUCGACCACUGAGCUAUGUAGAGGGUGAUGUUGAACUCCCCGUACUGACACCAUCUUCGUUCGUACUGCGACAGACGAAUGCCAUCCCUGAGGUGGAGAGUCAUCACAUGAAGGACGGUGAAUUACGGAAGCGAGCAAAAUAUUUGUACAAAAUCAAAACCCAAUUGUGGAACAGAUGGCAGCGAGAAUAUUUAACAAGUCUACGGCAACGCAAUCAAGUUAACAAUUCAGCUACCGAGUCUCAUCCGAAAGAGGGAGAUAUCGUUUUAAUUAAGGGCGAUAAGAAAAACCGAAAUAUGUGGAAGAUCGGAAAGGUAACGAUGUUGAUCCGUGGAAGGGAUGGAGUUGUGAGAGGAGUCAAACUUCAGUGUGGAAAAAUAUCUCUUGAGAGACCAAUCCAACUGAUCUAUCCUUUAGAAUUACAACGUGACGUCAGCAACCAUAAAAAAAAGUUGCGAGUGAACGCCGAAGAAUUCAGACCAAGACGACAAGCUGCUGUGGUUGCGGAGGCGAUAAAUCAGGAGCUAAUGGAACAGAAAUGA